GCUUUAAAACUCGAGCCAGGGGAUUGCAACGAUUUUCGCGCCAUUACCCUUCAAAUGGCGGGAAAAGCCAUUUCCCGCCAACGUUCGCACAAAAUUUCCCUUCCCAACGCAUAUAAAAUCAAUCAAAGACCCUUCUUUUCCAUUUUCCCUAUAUAUACAUUGUUUCUUUGAUUUUUGGCAAAUUUUCCAGCUUCUUCCCUUCCAAUCCUUCUCUCCUCCACCCCCACACACAAACCCUAGAAACAUGGCGAUCGUGGUAGGAGACGAAGCCGAACGCGUCGGCGUCGAAGAGCCCUCUCCGAAGCGCCAAAAGCUCGACAAUGGCGGCGUCGCCUCCCCCGCCCACCACCGCGCCCCCCUCCUCCUCCUCCUCCGCAUCAAGAGGCUCUCCGAGAACGCCGUGAUCCCCUCCCGCGCCUCGCCCCGCUCCGCCGGGUACGAUCUCUCCAGUGCGGUGGAUACCAAAGUCCCCGCUCGCGGCAAAGCCCUCGUCGCCACCGACCUCGGCGUCGCCGUCCCCGAAGGAACCUACGCUCGCAUCGCGCCGAGAUCGGGGCUGGCGUGGAAGCACUCGAUCGACGUCGGCGCGGGAGUGAUCGACGCCGACUACCGUGGGCCGGUCGGGAUCGUCCUCUUCAACUUCUCCGACGUCGACUUCGCAGUGAAGCGCGGGGACCGGAUCGCGCAGAUGAUCUUGGAGAGGAUCGAGACGCCAGAGGUCGCGGAGGUCGACGAUCUCGACCCCACCGAGAGGGGCGUCGGCGGGUUCGGGUCCACCGGCAUUUGAUCGCCGCCUCACUCUCGAUCUCGAUCUCGAUCCUCUUUGUUUUGUUGGUCGGGAAAAUAUUAGAGUAGAGCUCUCAAAUCUGCAGACUUUCAUAUAAUUUUGCUAUAGAAAAUCCUUUCUUUGAUUUGUAUGAGCAACUUAAAUCUUUUGCCUCAUCGAUCUGAAUGUUUAGUCAGGCACGUAAACAGA